CAGCCGACGAUAACUUUUAUUUAUUUUUAGGAGUUCGAAUACCUGGACGCGUUGACAGAUAAGACGGUGUGACGAUAAUAUUUUCCAUGUAUGCACAACGAGAUCGCAGGUCCAUCAGCUGUUGAAAUAUACGCAGGGUACCGUUCACUAGGAAAGAUAGCCGAUUAUAUCUAGUCAGAAAAUGGUAUGGUGAUUUUACGUAGACGUCGUGCGUCAUCAUCUACAGCACAGAGAUAAGUAUCCAAAAAAUUAACUUCUGAGAAAUUCGACUGCGUUGAAUCUAUCGAAAAGAUCCUCCGAUGGUGGCCUUGAGUAUUGGUGGAGACAUAAUCAUCUACUCAGAGAAGUUAGAAUAUCUCGACUUAAGCGAAUGGUUCUGUUUGCAGUUUUCGCCAUCACCAUGGGUGCUGCCAAGUCUGAGUAUUCUACUUUUGAUAUCACCCCGAUUGCUCCAAACGAUCCAAUUCACCAUUAAUCAUUUUAAAGGAAGCAACAGUAUAGGUCUUUUUGGGUCGGAAAACGGGCUUAACGUUAUACCUUAAACAGAUGCCGUGAAUUUAGUGAAAAGGUGAGUGUGCAGUUAAACACCUCUUGAAAUUAAGUUUGUUUAUUGUUAGUGCUUGCAGAAUUCUGCACUGCGUAGCACUGCCAUAACGAGUUCGGAACUGAUCAAAUUUCUCGGUUGGAUCUCACACAGACACAAGAAAGACACCCCAAAUGUUCAACACGGUGAUCUAGUCGAUACCAAGUAUUGUUACUCCAGGGUUGUCAGAAACGCGAGGAACGCCAUUUCGUGUGUUGUUUUUAUAAACAUACUUGCAGAAACUCUUCUCAUAUAGCCGUCGGAUACUGUUCGAAGCACUCCUUGCGGUAUUUUCCGCGUUGUGUAGUAUCGGUCAAACGAUGAUUAAAAUGUCUGACUGGAAAUAGUGAUAAUGUCAGAUGCGCUAUGCAGCUGUAAGCACACCGAGUAAUCAAUUAUGCGAAUGAAAUCCUCACUGCCUACUUGCGUAGACGACCACCAAUCCCGAGUUGUUUCAUUCAAAAACGUCACGUAUUGUUCAGGAAAUGGAUUCUUUAUUCCUACCUCUCUGUACAUUGCUUGAACAGGAUAAGUUGUCUGGUCAAGUUUCAACCUAUCGCAUGAUGAGUGCUUUGCUUGUACAGUCCUCUUUAUGCAAAAAGUAAAUUCAAAACUUUUUCGCUCACGUUUAAGGUAAUUUUUUCAUUUAUCAUAUCUGUAAGCUUUCGGAUCAGGGAAUUCCAUGUGUCAACUUGGCAUUCGUGGGUACCGGGGCGAAAAUUACUGUCUGGAUAUAAGAACUCACCAGAAAACCAGUUUACUGUAACCAAAUGAGUGUUGCAACUUCGUGUCUUGAUGCAUUGAGUAUUGACCCUUCAUAAUGCCCGAAUUCAUGACCGAGCAAUUAAAUAAUAAGGCCUUCAGUUAAGAGCCAUGCAUAUUGUGCAAGGAAGACAUUUUGCUGUACGUAUCACCUGACUCAAGGUGGCCCAUCGUCCCCUUCAUUCUGCUAUGUUACUGUGACCUUCCUUGAUGUUGGAAUCCUGAUGCAAAAGUAAGUUGCACUCGCUACAACAGAGCUGCCUUUUAGUGUCGGAUAAUGUUAGUCCAAUAUAUUGUGCCUCAUUGUGGUUCAUGAAUUAACUUCGGAUUUUUUCAUUAUAUACGGGUAGAAGGAAUUUUUUGUCCCCACAUCCGUACGUUACUGCAGUACUUUCAGGAACAAGUGGAACAUACAUUGCUUCGCAUGCAAUAUUUACAAUCUGAUCGGUCGUUCAUGCAUUGGUAAGGCAAAAUCUUGAUUGACUCGGUUGCUCCAGUGGUUCUAACAUCUCUCAUAAGAUUACAAAAUUGCGACAAAAGGAUAUACAUGUGUGUUAGCUUGGAUAAUAUAGUAAGUCCACAGGUGCGGGUUUCACUACAGUGUGACCUUUUUGCUGAACUUACGUAAUUCACACAUAUCAUCCCACGGGAGUUGGCAAGACUUGGCAUUUUAACCCGCACUAUACCAAUGUUCCAUUGUAUGAGGUCACAGCUGGGCACCUCAGCGUUUGGAGAUCUCGUGACUGAUAUUUUAAAGGCUCUAAUCGAUGAAAAAACUUCCUCUUACUUGUCCUUGUAUAUCCAACAUCAGCCCAUUUACACAACUGCCGCUCAUGAGCGAUGAGAGAAGUAGUGAUUCUUGGAAUCGGACAAGCUGGAACGCAACUGUCCAAUGCGGCUUGGGAAUUACUAUGCUUGGAGCAUGGAAUUAAACCUGAUGGUCUUUUAUUCGAUUCGCUCAACCCAGAAGAUUGCUCGAAUAACCAAACAUUUUUCCAAGACACUCCAACGGGUCAGCAGGUGCCGAGGGCUGUCAUUGUGGAUCUUGAACCAACAGUGAUAGGUGGGUUGCCCAGUUUUUGGUGGCUGAAUCGGAUCGAUUCCAAUAAAGGCUAUCAUCACCCUCAUCUUUUCCAAAGAUGA